GGUUUAUAGAAAUGCUAUACGUGCAACUCCAUAGCUUGCUUUCGAAUAUCAUGUGCAUACUAUUAGCUGAUUACAAUCCCGGCCCUUUGAUGAUAAUGGAAGAUAUUGAGGACUUGUGUCGGCGAGCACUAUUCGAAGGUAUUUCCAGAAUCCCAUUCGGUAGAGUGUAUACAUCGUUCUUUUGCAUGUGUGUCGAGCAAGUCCUGAGCGAACUCUACUGGCGAUGUCUCACGUGACCAAUGCUGCACUACUUCGUAGGAUGAGUCUAGAUCGCCCUCAAGAAAGAUCGGAGAACACCGCUCGCGCUUGGUAGGAGCUUAUCAGGACCCUAGUUUGGCGACAAGGACAAGAUCCGCAUGUAUACAAUGGAUAGCCUGCCUAGGGACUAGUUCUGCCGUCGCACGAAACGUUCAAGGCAUUAUCAGCAACCCGACAACGAAGAAAGCCGAUAUUCUGCUGACGAUGUCUAAACCCGAUGCAAAGAUUCCACUUAUAGAUUUCUCCAAGUACCUCCACGGCACAUCGGAAGAGAAGGCCACGUGCGUCUCAGAGAUCAUAAAAGGCUUCACCACCUCGGGAUUUCUCUACCUUACAAACAGCGGACUCUCUCCAGCUACUGCUUUCGAAUGGAGCAAACAAUACUUUGCUCUCCCGAAGUCUGUCAAAGAGAAGCACCCGAAUGUAAUCAAGGAGGCCAAUCGGGGGUAUUCUGGCAUGGGUAUUGAAAAAGUAACGAAUCUUGACCUGGAUACCAAAGACGAAGCUUCGAUAGCGAAGUUACGCGCCGCAGUUCCAGACCUAAAAGAGUCCUUGGAGAUUGGCAGCGACGCAGGUCGUUAUCCAGCAAAGCCGUGGCAGAAUCAUUAUCCAGAUACUGAGGUUCCUGAAUUCGGCAAGGUAAUGCGGAAGUUCUACGAGAGUUGCGAUGAGCUACACCAUGAGGUUCUUUGUGCGGUGGCGGAGGGGUUGGGACUCGAUAAGAACUUCUUCAAGCAGUACGUAAAUGCCGGUGACCACGUGCUACGGCUGUUGCACUAUCCCGCCGCAUCAAAAGAGGUUUUGACACAACCUGGCACGGUAAGAGCAGGAUCUCAUACUGAUUAUGGAACGAUUACGUUGCUUUUCCAGGAUAUGAGUGGUGGGUUGCAGAUUCGAACACCUGAGGGCGAGUGGCAAGAUGUCGAGCCGAUCGAAGGAGCGAUUGUGAUAAAUUCAGGGGAUAUGUUGCAGAUAUGGACCAAUGAUGUUAUCAAAUCAACGAACCACCGGGUGGUGUCGCCACCUAGCGCGCCGACUACCGAUGAUGGCUCGUUCUCUGCGCGUUACUCUAUCGCAUACUUCGCACAUCCGGACCACGACCGCCUGGUAAACACAAUUGAAACUUGCUUCGACGAGCAGAGGCCGAAAAAGUAUUCCCCAGUAUACCCAGGCGAAUGGAUAGUGAAUCGGCUCACAGCCACAUACUGA